AUGAAUGAGACAUUGAUUUCACUUGCCAGCAAGCUGGCUCUGGCAUCCGCCGCGGUGUUUGUUCUUGUCCUCGCUCGAUAUGCUGCCGCCAGUCGUCGACCUCGAGGGUUUCCCCCAGGGCCGCCAACACUGCCAGUCAUUGGCAAUCUACACCAGCUUCCUCUCACAAAGCCUUUCAUCAAAUUUCAUGAGUGGAGCAAAUUGUACGGCCCUGUGGUGGGUCUCAAGCUGGGUCCUCAGAACGUCGUGGUAUUGAACAACUACAAGAGUGUGAAAGAACUCUUUGACAAGCGCGGAGCUCUCUACUCGAGUCGUCCAGACAGCUAUGUGGGCAAUCAACUCCUCUGCCCCAACGAAACGCACAUCCUCCUGGUCCCCUAUGGUCCGGGGUGGAGGGCCCUCCGGAAAGCCGUCCAGGCCAUGUUGAACGUGACGGCCGUGGACCGCCUGUUGCCCGUGCAGGAAGCCGAAGCGGCGCAGACGCUGUUCGAGCUGAUGACGACGCCGCAAAAGUGUUUCACGCACAUCCGCCGGUACUCGACGGCCGUCAUCCUCGCGUCCGUGUUUGGCCAGAGAGGCGCGAGCUACGAGGCCCCGAAAGUCCAAGCCCUGUACCACGCGCAGGAGCAGUUCACCACGAUCCUCGCGCCGGGAGCCACACCGCCCGUGGAUGCGUUUCCUCUUUUCAAAUAUAUCCCGGCGUUCUUGGCCCCUUGGAAACGCUGGGCGGCGCGGAUUCGACAGGAGCAGCGGACGCUGUAUUCCAACUUGCUCAAUGAGACGGUGGCACGGGGUCGAAGGCAGGACAGGAUUCCUUGCUUCAUGGACAAGCUGCUGGAGGGGAAGGAGAAGAGCGGGCUCGACGACGAACAAAUUGUAUACACGGGGGGGAUUUUGAUGGAAGCAGGAUCCGACACAACAUCUUCGACCCUCCACUCGUUCGUGCUCGCCAUGAUCAUGUACCCCGAAGUCCUGAAACGGGCACAGGCAGAGCUAGACCAAGUGUGCGGGGCCUCGAGGUCUCCUAGCUCCCAUGAUAUCAGGAACCUUCCCUACAUGCAAGCAGUGAUGACAGAGACACUACGAUGGCGACCAGUCGCCCCCAACGGCGUCCCCCACAUGCUGAUCCAAGACGACGUCUACGACGGCUACGUCCUCCCCAAAGGCACCAUCGUGUUUGCCAACACCUGGUCCAUCCACCAGGACGUGUCGGAGUACGACAGACCCGAGGAGUUCAUUCCCGAGAGGUUCCUCGACGACAAGUUUGGUAGUAAGAACAAGAGCAACACCCAGGCUUUGCGCGAUGAUGACGACAAUAACAACGAUGUCGACGACGACGACGAGAAUCGCCGACGGGUGACUUAUAGCUUUGGAGCCGGGAGGCGCGUCUGUCCCGGUCAGCGGCUCGCUGAGAAUUCUCUGAUGAUCAACAUGUCCAAGAUGGCCUGGGCGUUCGACAUCAAAGCCGACCCGGCCGCGGGGGCGGCGCCGCCAGACGCGAACGUCGAGACGGGAUACUCUGAUGGCUUCGUGUUUGGGCCGAAUCCGUUCUCGGCGUCGUUUUGCGUCAGGUCGCGGCAGCAUGAAGACACGAUACGGAGGGAGUUUGAUGAGGCGAGGACGGUUCUUCAAAAGUACGAGGACUAA